AGAGAGGAAGACACGUCGUUUCUUCCGCCUCUGGGGUUGAGUUGCAGCGUCUGCCAUCUGCAGUCCAGUCCGCGAAGGGGGGGUGAAGACAGCGCAGAAGACAAGUCAUCAUGCCGAUGUUUGUGGUGAACACCAACGUGGCCAAAGGCGAUGUGCCGUCGAGCCUGUUGUCGGAGGCCACCGAGGAGCUGGCUAAAGCGAUGGGCAAACCUGCACAGUACAUUGCCGUGCACAUCAACCCUGACCAGACGAUGAUGUUCGGGGGAAAGGGAGACCCCUGCGCACUCUGCUCCCUCACCAGUAUUGGCAAGAUCAGCGGUCCUCAGAACAAGAAAUACUCUCAACUCCUGUGUGGACUGCUCAACAAACACUUGGGCAUCUCUGCUGACAGGAUUUAUAUUAACUUUGUAGACAUGGAGGCAGCCAAUGUGGCCUGGAACAACACCACCUUUGGCUGACAUGGAGGUCAACGCACUGAAAUAGAAGAACAUUCCCUGUAUUUUCAUAGGUGUACUAACAUGAAUUAAAGAAGCAAAAGUCACCCGGUAAUCCACUGGCCAAUGUAUGACUGACUUAAAAGCACUUAAUAUGACCCUUUGGCUUUGCACUGAUCCCUUUGAAUUUAAAUGCAAUAAAAUGAACCAUGUAGACCAAAAAAUAA